GGAGUUUCCGCUUCCUAGGACUGUCCCGUGUGUCCGCCAGCCUGGAUUCGGGACUCUCCACCCCAGCUUUUCAGUGCGACCACCUGGAUGCCCAGCAGAGCCUUCGGUCUCAUGGCGACAAGGACGCUGCGGACGCUCCCUCCACACCUGCUUCUCCCAGUCGUGUGCACAUCAGGUGGGACAGCUGCACCUGCCCUGCUCAGACUGAAGCCUUCCGCCCCCCUGAACUACUGACCCUCUCGCCCCACGUCUUGCUGACUGCAGAUCGUGUUGGCUUUUCAAGCUCUCCCCAAAACCUGGCCACUCCUCGAAACCGCCUCUGUGCCCCACCUCAGUCCCGGCCAGCACCUGCUCUCUUGUGGCCUGUUGUCCACCCAGCAGCCGCUUGCUCCUCCACGCAGAACCUUCCGGCACGUCCAUCUCAGAGUCCAAGCCAAGGUUGUCUCCAUGCCCACAGGUGCCUCCUAUCUGGAUGCUUCACCUCAUAUGAUUGCUUUGUCCAUCGUCCUCCAGCCUGGUCACCUCAGGACCUUUGCAUCCGUGGCACCCUUGCUCCAGCUCUCUGUGAGACUCCCCUCUUUGCCUUCUGCAUGUCUUUGCUCAGAUGCCUCCUCAGUGAGGCCUGCCCUGACUCCUCCAAGCAGCAACCCCCAUUCCUUCCCUCCCCCGCCAUAAAGCACACUACUUAUCUUGUGCGCUUCUGUCCGGCCAUUAGAAUGUAAACUCCAGGCGGGAGGGACUGUGGACUGCUCUGUUCCUUCUGGAAGCAUUCAUUGAAGGACAAGGGAAACGUUGAAACAUGAGUAGGAUCUGAGGAGGCAGGAAAAGGAGGAAAGACGUUUUAGGAACAGUAGUGUAUGUGAAGAUACUGUGGAAACACAGGAUUUGUUCUGAACGUUGGUAUUGCCAAUGGAAACGAGGAAGCAUUUCUCAAGUGACUAGAGGACUCCAGGGCCUUGAGGAGUUUGCUCCACAAUUUCUGAUUCAAGGCAGCUUGUAUUUCUUAGGAGUAGAACAACCUUGGAAAGGCACAGAAAUGGUGAAAUUUGCUUGACGUUUUCUUCAAACAAGAAGAAACACCAAGGGUUCAAUCUCGCCGCACCAAUUCCUACUAAUUCAGUUAUCAUUUAAAAGGGAGUCCGUAAAGAAGUUUGGGAGGUUUUUCAAUCGGUUCAAAAUCCCUUCUUAACUUCCCGGGUUAUAGUUUGUGAAAACUCUAUUCUUUGCUUGGUGGAAAAGCUAAGACAACAGAGCAUCCCAUUAUUCAAAACCAAUGCCUUUGCUCAAGCUUUAUGUGGAUUUGCAGUUUGAGGAGCUGGUUUUUCAGAAUGCUUUGAUUCGAGCUACUUUAUGGCUCCCAUGUCAACAAAGAAACUGUCGCUGUAACUGUCAGGGCGCCAGUGUCUCUGGGCGAAGCAUACUCCCGUCCUUUUUCUUUAGCAGAAAUAAAAGGCACAGCAGGACUGCUAGGGCUGCCCACGGGAACCAAUGAGUCAGAAUUCCAAGCAGUUCAAGGGCCACGCCAGCCAUGUUAAACGUGCAAAUGUGCAUGUGACCUCAUGAAGAAGGUCUUCCUCUAUUAUCUCAGAGCAUCGAUGGAAGAAAGCUGCUUUGAAGGGUGUAUGACAAGGUGUUUGGAUAGUAAGGUGUUUCAGAAACGGACACCCAGCACUCCACCCUGCCCGGACUGGGUGCUUCUGGUUGUGCUACUCUUAGGUACACUUCUUUCCUGUGAGAUGCCUGCCAUGGCACCUGUGUGUGACCCAGCUGCCAUCAGUGGAACUGAGGGACCCCUUAAUUUUUGGCAGAGUUGAGACGGCACGGAGCAGUGCUCUGAGCCAGCAGUUACACAACCACCGCGGAACUUUCCAGGGUCACUCUCUUCAUCUCAUUGAAAUUCAGGAAGCGGCACUCCUUCCCCUGGCUUAAGUGCAGUUUUGCUGGGCUUUUGUUCCAUUUGUGAAUAGUUCUUGCUGGAAGCCCCGGGCAGGAUGACUUGGUAACGGCCCCUCACCCAGAGACCAGCGCUCCCAACGCCAGAAACCACCGGAGCGGCAGCAGAGGUGACUCCAGAGCUCCAAGUGCAUCUGUUGUGUGGCUUCUGUCCCCUGAGCACCAUGGCACGGGAUGAGCAGUGCAGGGAGGAGCUCAGUUAUGACCGGAUGCCCACCCUGGAGCGGGGAAGGCCGGAGGCCGGGAGCUACACCUCAGACGCCAAGCCCAACGACCUUCAGCUGUCGACAAGGCUGCCUCCAUGCUUCAGUCACAAGACAUGGGUUCUCUCUGUGUUGAUGGGGAGCUGUCUGCUUGUGACUUCGGGGUUUUCGCUUUAUCUGGGAAAUGUGUUUCCUUCCGAAAUGGAUUACUUACGUUGUGCUGCAGGAUCGUGCCUUCCCUCAGCAAUUGUGAGCUUUGCCGUUUCAAGGAGAAACAUCAAUGCGAUCCCCAACUUUCAGAUCCUGUUUGUGUCCACGUUUGCCAUCACCACUACAUGUUUAAUCUGGUUUGGAUGCAAACUGGUUGUGAACCCCUCAGCAAUAGACAUAAAUUUUAAUUUGAUUCUUCUCCUUCUGUUGGAGCUUUUCAUGGCAGCCACGGUGAUCAUCUCGGCACGGUCGAGCGAGGCGUAUUGUAAGCAGAAGGGUUCCAUGUCAGAUAGCACCAACAUUUUGUAUGAAGUGGCAUUUCCUGCUCGGGUCCUGAAAUCCUAUUCAGUCAUCGAGGUGAUUGCUGGCGUCUCUGCCGUCCUGGGUGGGGUCAUCGCUCUGAACGUGGAUGAUGCUGUCUCGGGACCACACCUCUCCGUGACGUUCUUUUGGAUCUUAGUGGCCUGUUUUCCAAGCGCCAUUGCCAGUCACGUCACAGCUGAGUGUCCAAGCAAGUGUCUGGUGGAGGUGCUGAUUGCCAUCUGCAGCCUCGCGUCCCCGCUGCUGUUCACUGCCUCUGGGUACCUGUCGUUCAGCAUCAUGAGAAUCCUGGAGAUCUUCAAAGACUACCCGCCAGCCAUCAAGGUAUGCGUUGCUGUUCUGCGGUUGCUUCUGAUGCUGCAGCUGCUCCUGCAAGCCGGCCUCAACACUGGCACCGUCAUCCAGUGCGUGAGCUUCAAGCUGGGCGCAUCCUGGGAUGCUGCGCAGACCGGCCAGCAGGAGCGCCCAGCCGGGGAGGUAUCCAGAAGCCCCCUGAAGGAGUUCGACAAGGAGAAAGCGUGGAGGGCCGUCGUGGUGCAGAUGGCCCAGUGACCAUGGGGCGGGGAGACCGAGGCAGGAGCAGGGCCCCUGCCUGGCUAGUUGUCUUGAAGCUACCGCUUUCUAACUUGCCCUUCACCUUCGUCCAGGCCAGGCUGCAAGGUGGAGUCUUCAUUUCUUUUAGUAGUUUAGUUGUUAAAUAGGCAAGUGUUGACCAUUUUGCGCUUAGGAGUCUUUCAGUUCCUCACCCCCAAGGCGCCACCGCACACACCGUGGUGUGGGGCUCUCGGGUGAGGAAGGCGCUCGUGCUGGAGCCAGACCCUCCCGGCACCGACACCUAGGCAGGCCUUGCACGUGCGGCCAGCCGCCCAUCUGCUCCUCCUGCACCUCGCUGGCUUCCCGGGCCCAUUCUUGUCGAGCACUUACCUUAAGCAGACGACAGCCGGGCUGUGGACGGCCCCACGUGGGUCUUAACGACUCGGGCGUUUCUCUCUGGACACGUGUCUGCCAAGCACCGUCUCUGACCACGGAGCAGAGCUGUGUGGGGAGCCCCUUCUCUGCAGGACCGUGUUCACAGGCAGCCCCCACACCCACGGCUGUGCCUGUGUGGCGCUCACGUGCCCGAACUUCUGCCCUCUGUCUUAGAUCGAGCCGUUCCAGAAGGACCCUGCCCGCUCACUGGUGCCGGUGUUGUCCAUGUCAUGCGUGGUAUGCAGAGCCCAGGUCAGCAGGGGCUGUCUGCACUUGUGCUGGGUGGUACCCAGCUCCUGAGCCCUUUUGUCAACACCCACACUAAGAGUGACCCUGGCCACUGUGACAGCUCAGUGUUCUUUGGGGUGGGGCCAAAGAGAGAAACUUGGGCCACAUUUCUGGGUCUUGUUGGCUUUGGUGAUGCAGGUGGGGCUGGGCCCCCUGCCUCCUCUCAUGGGUUCUGCUGGCACUCCCAUUACCAUUCUCAAGACGCGAGACAUGCCCCCCAGAACCCUCAUGGGGGUCAUCACUGGGCAUUCUCCGGCUCCCUCCAUUUCCUGACCUCACUUACCUGAGGUCCAGCCCAGGCCACGGGUCUCUCCCAUCUGUCACUGCCCCUCCUGCCAGACAGCAAAGACGGUUUGGGUGUGAGAAUAACAUUUGCUUCAGUUAAAAUCAC